UUGUGUCGGAAUAGACCGUCUGCUCCGGUCCGGCUAACGUUAGCUGGCUGACCUGCUUGGCUUAGAGGCAAAUUUCGGGACUAUUUACGCUUGAUUUUUUUUUGGGCCCGACAGCAUCGAUACGAAACGCCGGAUGGUAACCAGAAAGGCAUAACUGGAACGGGUAACCGUCAAUGUAAAGAAAAGAGGAUCCAUGGCAAAGUGGCUGAAGGACUACCUAAACUUUGGCAGCAGGCGUGAUCCUCCACAGCCCCCGAGGCCAGACUACACUGAGAGUGAGAUUUUGAGGGCCUAUAGAGCUCAGAAGGAGCUGGAUUUUGAGGACCCGUACCAACACUCUGAGAAGGAGCAUCAGAAUGGCGGUUUCACCUCAUGUAGUGCUACAGUGAGCCUUCCUUCUUUUCCUGCUUUUGGUUCAGUGCUGCCUAAUGGUGUGGAGGUGAAAGUCGUGUCUCCAAAACACAGACUGAUAAAAGUGGAUUCUCAGGAAUUUGGUCGUUGUAAAAUCCCUCUGAGUCCGGUGACUGUUCAAGAAGAACCUGUAAUUCCGUCUGCACCAGCUGCAUCAGACAGUGACACAGACUACUCUGAUCCAUUUGAUGCACGUCCAGACCCGCAAGCUAGGCCAAACUGGGAGCCAAAAUCUGCACCAACAGACUGUUGCAGCUACAUGGAGCCAUUUGAGGCCCAGCGGAUUAUUUCAGAACUGCAGCACAGCAUGAUGACUAACAGGUCUGGCAGCGGGGAUGGAGGCCAGUUAUACGAUAACCCGUAUGAAGAGAGGACUCGUCCCCACCAUCGAGCUGCUCUACCAGCACAACAGCAAACUCAGAAGGCUGAGGGUUGCCUGGGUCUGAUAGACAGCAGGGAGAGCAGGCUGCCUCAGGAUGAUGAGAGGCCGGCCGACGAAUAUGACCAGCCGUGGGAGUGGAAGAAGGACAACAUCUCCAAAGCUCUAGCAGUUCAGUUUGAAGGAGCAGAAAGGGAGCGCUCUCGAGCUCAGACAGAAACCAGGCUUACCAAAACAGGAACUACAUCUACAUCAGACUCGACUACACUCCGUCUUGUUGGAGACACUCCUCCUCUCCUGGGAGAGAGAGUGGAUCCAUAUCUGCCUCUGGAAAAGCAAGUAUGGUACCAUGGAGCUCUGAGCCGCUCGGAGGCAGAAAGUCUGCUGACUCUGUGCAAGGAGAACUCCUAUCUGGUGAGGAACAGCCAGACCUGCCGGAACGACUACUCGCUCUCCCUCAGGAGCUGCAAAGGCUUCAUGCACAUGAAGUUCGCCCAGUCUGCAGACGGGCGCUACGUGCUCGGAGAGAACAGCCCUCCCUUCUCCACCAUCCCAGAGGUCAUCCACUACUACACCACACACAAGCUGCCGAUCAGAGGAGCCGAGCACAUGUCCCUACUGUAUCCCGUCAUAGUGCAGACCCUCUGACACUGACACACACACACACCGUUUCUGCUGGUGCUACUGAAUACCAUAUAUACUCAACAUUUACCUACUUCUGCCUCUUUCCUACAUGCUUUCUCACUGCCAUUCUACCUGCACUGCGUAAAAGAGAUUUGGACUGUUUGAUACCGUGUUUUCCUUUACCUUUUUUCCCCUGUGAUCCCGGUAACUACACUGGCAGCUUAACAAGAGAGCUCAGUGCCUCAUGAACAUGCGCCUGUGAAAAGGUAUCAUCACUGAAAUCCCUGUAUUUUAAUGCCACGGACUCCUGAAAAUCAGCCAUCAUUGAUCAUAAGAUUGGUAGCUUUUAGGUCAAAGAGAAAAGGACAAACUCUAGUCUUGAGGUGUUUUGAGACAGUAGAAUUUAUAUUAUAUUGCAUGGAGAUUUGUCUCUAUUACUUUCAUAAGGUAGAGUGUACUACCAAGUCACUUAAAUGAUCAUAAUGGUGUUGUUUUUAGCAGCUAUUUUCAUGUGAAUUUUAGGAAAAAGCUCAAACAAAACAGUUGAGGUUGGGUGUGGGGAUUUAAACUAAACGUAGGUGGUUGAAAAUGCAUUUUAAAUGGCGCUGCGACUACAAACAACACUGUUAGUAUCCUUUAAGUGUUACUAUCUGAACCAAACACUACAUGUUUAACCCCUGCUUCUGGGGUUUUUCCUCUCUGUGUUCCAGAGGCCUGUGAAUGUUCUAUGAUGCUGUGCCCUGCAGUGUUCUCAUUUCAUCAUGUUAAUGUGUGAACAACACAAAGUGACAGUUUCAUGUCAACACGGACAUGACUUGUUAACGUCACACAAUAACAAACUCCUGCAAUACUAGUUUAGAGAGUAAUAACUACAGUAUUAUACUGAAAGCUUGUGGCUUUGUGAUUAUGACUAUUAAAGAAGCUUUGGUAGUUUAUUUACUGUGCUGUUUUAUAAGAUUUUAAAUGUCUGUUGAAAAUAAAGGUGUUGUCUGUUUUCAAA